CAGCUCCUCCUCAUAGCAGCAGGUCCUUGGAGCAGCCAGACUGUCAGAACUGCUGCAAACACAUGCCUGCUAGGAGCUCGGAGCUCUUUUUAAAGUUAUUGCCAAGGAAGGAGGAGGAUGGAAAGUGUGGCAAAAGAGAAGAGACAGAAAGCAGAGAAACUGGGAGACUUGGAUAAUCUGAGCGUUAAAACCAGGCUUUGUCAAUCUGUGUGACUGGAUGAUACCAACAAUUUGAUCCCUCAAAUAUUUUGGAUCAAACUGGACCUUUUCUUUUAUUUUAAAACUUUUCAAAUUCCUGUCUCUUUUUUAUCACAGCAAUGAGAAGAGACCGUUUUCUCUUGGCUGCAGCCCUUGCAGCGCUCUUUUCUGCAGAUUUCUACUUCAUCCUUCUGCCGAAGCUGCAGAGAAGGGGGCACCCAGAGAGAGAUAUUUGCUCAUGUAGUCCCAACAGCAACCUCAGCCUCCCCACAUUGGAGACUCUUGCCACCCCACAACUGUCCAACUGGAGUCAUGCACCUCUUCUAGUUUAUCCAUCUACCCCUGAACUUGAUGAAAGAGGCUCCAAGAUGCAGAGGCUGUUCUCUCACCCUCUGUACAACAUCCAGACUCCAGAGCUGAACCCUGAGGAGAGGCUCCUGCAGGUGGAACAGCUGAUCGAGUACUACAAGAGGAAAGUGUCUCACUGGGAAAGACGUAAGAAACUCCACGAAGAGGCAGCUUCUCUGGCAAACAUCUCUUUCAUGGAGCAAAAGAUGACUUAUGACCCUGAUGCCAGCUGGCUGAAGUUCCACCUGGGAAUAAACCGCUAUGCUCUGUAUUCCCGGGAUGACCCUGCCAUCCUCCAGCUUCUCAGUGAUAUGAAGAAUAUGACGAUCGUCAGUGCAGAUUACACCCAAGAUGAGAAAGCUCUAAAAGGUGCAUGUGAUUGUACUCAAGUGGUUAAACCAAGUGGACAUCACCUGAAGCUGGCUUUGAAGAUGCUCAACUUUGGCAAAGCAAUGUUUAAACCAAUGAGGCAGCAGAGAGACGAGGAAACUCCAGAGGACUUCUUCUACUUUGUUGACUUCCAGAGACACAAUGCAGAGAUCGCUGCGUUUCACCUAGACAGGAUCCUGGAUUUCCGGAGGGUUCCGCCAGUGGCUGGCAGACGAGUGAAUGUAACUGGAGAAGUUCUGCAAGUAGCCCACAGCGAAGACCUACGAGCCGUGUUCUUCACCUCACCAGCAAACAACACAUGUUUCUUCUCCAAGUGCCUGUACGUAUGUAAGACUGAAUAUGCCGUGUGCGGGAGCCCGGACCUGCUGGAGGGCUCGCUUUCUGCCUACCUGCCUGGCCUCACCGUCGCGCCACGCAUCUCCAUCCCGAACCCCUGGAAACGCUCCUACACCUUCUCCGGAAGGGAGCAGUGGGAAUUAAAUCCUUUCUACUGUGAUUCGGUUAAACAAGCAUAUCCUUAUAACUCUGGAAACCGGCUCCUAAACAUUAUAGAUAUGUCCAUCUUUGACUUUCUAAUAGGUAACAUGGACAGACACCAUUAUGAAAUUUUUACCAAAUUUGGAGAUGAAGGAUUACUUCUUCACUUGGACAACGCAAGAGGGUUUGGGAAGCAUUCCCAUGAUGAGAUGUCCAUCCUGGCUCCAUUGUCUCAGUGCUGCAUGAUAAAGCAAUCUACAUUGCUGAGACUCCAGCUCUUGGCCCGAUCGGAGUUCAGGCUAAGCGAUGUGAUGAGAGAGUCCCUAGAGUUGGACGUUUUGAGGCCGGUCCUGACCGAGCCCCACUUCUUAGCGCUGGACCGUAGGUUACAGAAGGUCCUAAGAGUGGUCCAGCGCUGCAUCAGGAGGCUAGGUCAGAAUGAGGUCAUCACUAAAGACUUUAUUAAACCCACAGUGACUCCUCAGACUGCCACAGAGGGGAAAAAGAGUAGGUAGUUGGGAUUAAGCUGUGUUUGUUUAACACAAGCUGCUUAAUGAUGACAAUCAGAUUUAAGCAAAAGGGACAAGAUGGUCAGAGAUCUUCAUUAAAAACUUGUUCACAACAUGGAGGAAGGAUAAACCACUGCAGGACAGAAUCUUAGGGAUAUAAUCACUUUUUACCAACGUUUUUCCUCUUUAUUAUUUAAUUUAAGGUCUGCAAAAUAACAAACUAAAACCACUGUGAUGAUGUAAAUCAUCAUAAGUAAUAUACUGUACACCUCACCAUAUUAAAAAAUAUGUGUAAAGACUUAAAAGAAUACAUUUAUUAUUGUUUUUGGACCAGCAGUAGUUCACAUAGACAAAUGCUAAAAAAAAAAAAUCCAGCUUUAUUUGAGUGCAUUCAUCAAUACAAUGUUCCCUAUGUUGAAAAAAAAAAUCUUGUAACCUGUAAGACAACAAAAUCAGAGCUUUUCCUUUAUUGGCUCCCAUAAUUUGAUCAAAAAAUGUUUUAUUAGUAAAUCAACACUUUCUGUUUCCCUUGGGUUUACAUGUUGUGAAAACGGUUAGUUUUCCUACAAUUCAAAUCUAAAUCCAAAUAUGUGAGAACACAUCAUUCCCAUUGUAAGGAAGAAUAAGGCUAUAUUCAUACUGCUGGUUUGGUCCAGGGAGCAAUUAAAGAAGGAAACAUCAUUCCUUCAUUUGUCAUGUUUUGAUUUUACACAGACAAGCCAAACCAAGCAAGACCCUUAAACAGAGACUAGAGCAUCCUAGGAUAAACCCCCACACCAAAUAUGAGAGGAGUGGUGUAUGUAUCUUUAUGUUGGAGAAACCAAACAACCUCUCCACAGAUGCGUGGCCCAACACAGAGGAGGGACCCCCUUGGGACAAGACGCUGUGGUACAUCUUAUGGACAGAGGACAUUCUUUUGAGCACCAGAAUGUUCACAUUUUGGACAAAGAAAAUAGGUGGUUUGAGAGGGCCGUGAAGGAAGCCAUCUAUGUUAAGAAAGAAAAAACGGAGAUGGACUGUGGAC